CACUGUCCUCCUCUCUGUGGGUCUCGGAAGUCUGAGCCAGUGACCGGCGGCAGCUGCAGCGCGUGGGUCCCCGCGGCCUCGGAAAAUCCUGCAAAAAUGUCUCUGUACCCAUCUCUUGAAGACCUGAAGGUGGACAAGGUGAUUCAGGCUCAAGCUGCCUUUUCUGCAAACCCCGCCGCCAACCCAGCAGUUGUGUCUGACGCUUCUGCUCCCAUCUCCCAAGAUGGAAAUCUCUAUCCUAAACUGUAUCCAGAGCUCUCUCAGUACAUGGGCCUGAGUUUAAAUGAAGAAGAAAUAUGUGCAAAUAUGGCCAUGGUCCCUGGAGCACCAAGUCAGGGGCAGUUGGUAGCCAGAGCUUCCAGUAUGAACUACAUGGUGGCUCCUGUAACUGGUAAUGAUGCUGGAAUCCGCAGAGCAGAAAUCAAGCAAGGGAUUCGGGAAGUCAUUUUGUGUAAGGAUCAAGACGGAAAGAUUGGGCUCAGGCUUAAAUCCAUCGAUAAUGGUGUAUUUGUUCAGCUAGUCCAGGCAAAUUCUCCGUCCUCACUGGUUGGUCUGCGAUUCGGGGACCAGGUGCUCCAGAUCAACGGGGAGAACUGUGCCGGCUGGAGCUCCGACCGAGCGCACAAGGUGCUCAAGCAGGCUUUCGGAGAGAAGAUUUCUAUGACCGUUCGGGACAGGCCCUUUGAACGGACAAUCACCAUGCAUAAGGACAGUACUGGACAUGUUGGCUUUGUCUUUAAGAAUGGAAAAAUCACGUCCAUAGUGAAAGACAGUUCUGCAGCUAGAAACGGUCUUCUCACGGAACACAACAUCUGUGAGGUCAACGGACAGAACGUCAUUGGACUGAAGGACUCUCAAAUCGCAGACAUACUGGCAACAGCUGGGAAUGUAGUUACUAUUACAAUCAUGCCUGCUUUUAUAUUUGAACAUAUUAUUAAACGGAUGGCGCCAAGCAUUAUGAAAAGCUUGAUGGAUCACACCAUUCCUGAGGUUUAGAAGUCGCGGCCCAGUGGAAACGUCACUGAAGUUCUCCCGUUUACGUCUCCGGCAACUUGCCUUUAUCUUAUGCACACGAAGCUUUGUAGGAGCCAGCGAGCAUAUGCUGCAUGAGGACCUUCCUGUCUUACAGUAGGGCUGGGAAUCUCACCGUUUGAUCUGAUAUCUUGUUCA